AUGGCGCAUUGGACACAGCCGCUUAUGGCACUCAUACUAAUAAACAUAGCCAUAUUAUCCACAGCCGCGGCGGCCAUCAUAGCUUCUCAAGCCUUGCCGGACUGCCACGAGUGGUGCGGCGACAUGCAAAUCCCAUAUCCAUUCGGCGUGAGAAAAGGGUGUUAUUUGAAUGAAACAUUCUUAAUUACAUGCACCAAAACAACCAACCCUCCAAAGGCGUUUCUAAAAGACACCAACAUCAGCGUUACUAAUAUCUCAAUCAGCGGUGAGCUACACAUGAUGCAGCCCAUCGUGCGGGAUUGCUACAAGCAUGUCGAUGGUCCUUUGCUCCCCGACCAAGCCAAUCUUACGCUGCCGGCUACGUUCCCAAUCGCUUAUGAGAGAAACAAGUUCAUCGCUGUCGGCUGCAAUACGUUCGGUUUAAUCGGCGGGGUGGUAGACGGGAGUGCGUAUGUAAGUGGGUGCGUUUCGAUGUGUACAAACGACAGUAAGAAAGCUGACGGGGCAUGCGUUGGCAAUGGGUGCUGUCAGUUGGAGAUUCCACGUGGGUUGAGUGAUUUGAUUUUGAGUGUAGGUAGCCUCUUGAAUCACACGGAUGCGAUGGAUUUCAAUCCUUGUGGGUAUGCUUUUGUGGUGGCAGAUGAGGGGUUUCAGUUUUCUUCCAACUAUAUUACCAGCUUUGAUGAUGUGGAAGUUGAGGUUGUUGCUGGUUGGGCUAUUGGAAACGACACAAAUUUUGUGUGUGGACCAAACAGUGUAAGGAAUAGCAGCUUCUCCGAUGAUGGAUCGGAAUUUCGUUGCGAGUGCUUCGAUGGGUUCGAGGGGAAUCCAUAUCUACCUCGAGGUUGUCAAGACAUAGAUGAAUGCAAGGAUGAGAGGCUGAAUAAUUGCAAGUACAAAAACAAGUGUAUUAACACAAUAGGAAACUAUACCUGCGAUUGUCCUAAGAACUUCAAAGGAGAUGGAAGACACGGGGGAGAAGGUUGCAUCCGAGACGUCAAGGCUUUCACUCCGAUCAUAAUCGGAAUUGGAGUCGGAUUCACCGUUCUAGUGAUGGGCAUCACAUGGGUUAUCUUGGGUUACAAAAAGUGGAAGUUCAUCAAACAAAAGGAGAAAUUUUUCAAAGAAAAUGGCGGCUUUAUACUUCAACGCCAACUUUCCCAAUGGCAAUCCGCCAAUGAAAUGGUCAGAAUCUUCACCCAAGAAGAGCUGGAGAAGGCCACCAACAACUACAACGACACCACUAUUGUCGGCAAAGGUGGUUAUGGUACCGUUUACAAAGCCAUCUUACACGACGGCUUGUCAGUGGCUAUCAAGAAAUCAAAGCUAGUGGACCAAUCCCAAACCGACCAAUUCAUCAACGAACUCAUCGUGCUCUCCCAAAUCAACCAUCGCAACGUGGUUAGGCUCUUAGGGUGCUGUUUAGAGACCCAAGUUCCCUUGUUGGUCUACGAGUUUGUAACCAAUGGCACGCUAUUCGACCACCUCCAUGACAAAACCAACCAUGUGUCGCUCUCUUGGGAAACUCGCUUGAAAAUAGCUUCGGAAACUGCCGGGGUUCUUUCGUAUUUGCAUUCUUCUACUUCUACUCCCAUCAUCCAUAGAGAUAUCAAGACGACUAACAUACUUUUAGACGAUAAUUACACUGCAAAGGUCUCGGAUUUCGGUGCGUCCAAGUUGGUUCCGAUGGAUCAAGCUCAACUAUCCACGAUGGUGCAAGGGACGCUUGGGUAUUUGGAUCCUGAAUACUUGUUGACAAGCGAGUUGACGGAGAAGAGCGAUGUUUAUAGCUUUGGAAUUGUGGUUCUCGAGCUUAUAACGGGAAAGAAAGCGGUGAGCUUCGAUGGGCCGGAAGCGGAGAGGAAUCUAGCCAUGUAUGUCCUUUGUGCAAUGAAAGAGGAUCGGUUGGAAGAAGUUGUGGAGAGGAGAAUGGUGAGGGAGGCCAAUUUUGAGCAGAUAAGAGAAGCCACUAAGCUAGCAACAAAGUGUGUGAGGAUCAAAGGGGAGGAGCGGCCAUGCAUGAAGGAGGUAGCCAUGGAGUUGGAAGGGCUGCGACUAAUGCAAGGUGAGCAUUCAUGGGUGAAUAUGAAUUUAUCCAAUGCUGAUGAGAUGAUAUGUUUGCUGGAUCAUGGAGCUUCAGAUCCUAGCCAUUUUGUUGAGAGUACGAGUUUGAAUAAUUCUGUGGGCGAUAGCUUAAAAGCUCGAAUUUUGUCGCAUAUCCACCACGGGAGAUGA